GAAUCAUGCGUUCGUGAUGCUGGAACGAAAUUGGACAGUGAGAAGCUGCAAGUGGUCUUCAUGCUGCUGGAUAGUUUGAAAACCUGGCUGGAGGUUGCUGCCAAAGGAAAUGGUGGCACCGGUGGCAAUGCACAGGCUGCCUUGAGCCGUGUUUCUACAUUGUUGGGGAGCAUUGAUCGCAAGCAACUCGCCGAAGUUGGAUUCCUCUGUGGUGCCCAUGCACGUGCCUUCCGUUAUUUUGAGGCGCACAUCCUGGCUGCCAGUGGUUGUGGUCUAAACCCCGCAGCUUUAUGCAGUCCACAAUUUAGUGAAGAGGAAAUAUCUUUUCUUCUCCAGAUCUACAGUCAGAUGGAUGAGCCGGAUGGUGUCCAUGGGCUUGUGCACAUGCGAAAAGGCGGUCUUGAGGUGCAAGACCAGAUUAUGGUGGCACAAAAGGCUGGACUCUGGGACAAGGCCCUCAGCCUGUAUGAACAUGCUGUAGUCCAAGGGAGUGCCGGUCACAUGGCACAAGACCUCGUUGUCCUGAUGUCCCAGACAGGAGACACUAAACAAAUAGGUCCAUGCUCGCAGUCCGAAUCGCGCCAGUGGUUGCGCAUCAGUCGCACUCGAUGCCUCGCCCAAGCUGGACGACUGUUGGAUGUCCUGGCACAUGCGCAGUCGCCAUCCAACGGGGACUGCCCACAGAUCCGAGCCCUUGGUGUUGCGGCUGCCUGGCGCCUAGGGCAGUGGGCCGAUCUGGACGAAUGCUUGGCCAACCUGGACUUUGCCCAAGUGCAGCAACCAGCCGCUAAACCCCUCCAGUGUCUGAACCCGCAGGAAGAUUGGGAAGUCCGUGUUGGCCGUAUUCUAUCAUCCAUGCACAAGCACGACUACAUGGCAAUUCAUGCAGGCAUCCAGGAUGCAAGAACCAGCAUCAUGAAGCCUCUUGCGGCAGCCGCCACUGAGUCAUAUUCACGGGCCUACCCUCUCAUGGUUCGGUUGCACAUGUUGCAGGAACUGGAGGACGCCUGUGCGAUCAUCGAGAGGGACCCUCAUCCAGGUCCCAUCGAGCGUGCUCGAAUGUUGCGCUGGGAAGAGCGACUGGAAGUGGUGGAGCCUUCCGUGUCCACCCAGGAGCCCAUUCUAGCACUUCGACGUCAGCUGGCGCUUUGGAUGGAUGACACAGCCACAGUGGCGCGUUGCUGGCUGCUGCUUGCAAAGAGCCUAAGGGCCGCUUCGCAAUACGGGCAAGCAAAUUUCGCUGCAAUGAUGGCUGUUCGGCACAGAGCAAUAGGGUCAGAGCUGGAGAGUGUUAAGCUCCUGUGGUGCCAAAAUCAACAUCACCAAGCCAUCCAGGAGUUACAGCACACCAUUGCAACGAUAGAGGCACAAGCAACCCAGGCUGCACGCAGCCCAUCUCCACACUACCAUGCGAAGCUGGUGCUUCAGUUGGCUCGAUGGAAGUCAGAGACGCGUCAGGAGAGUCGGGAGACAUUGACAUCCCUUUUUGAGAGGUCCAUGGAUCUGGAUCGGACGUGGUCCAAGCCAGCGCUCUGUUUAGCACGGUACCUUUGUGAGGUCUAUGCAGAUGCAAGGAAGCGCCAGGUGGCUGUCAACGAAGGCGUUGGGGAUCGACUUGGGGGCAAAGCAAAGGUUAAGCUGGGGGAGGACAAACACUACGUGGAGUAUCUGCCUCAGGUGCUCAAGAACUAUGGAAUCGCUGUCAAAUUGGGACAGAAACGAGUCAUGCAGUCACUUUCAAGGAUGCUGACUUUGUAUUUUGAGCAUGGUGACGACAUUAUGACAGGCCUUACGAGCACCUCAGUCCCUGGGUUGUCUCUCAGCAACGUGGAGCGCACCAGCCGCCAUGUGCACCAAACGAUGCAGGACUUGGGGAAGUCUGUGCCAUCGUUCUAUUGGCUCAUGGUCCUGCCAACUCUUGUAUCACGCCUGCGGCACCCACACGUUGAUGUCAAGGACUGGAUAAAGAGAAUGAUCAGUCUGAUCACUGAGGCGCACCCCCACCAGGCCCUGUGGCAUCUUGCUUCUGUAUAUCGGUCACGAAUAAAAGCCCGUAGGAAGACAGCAGCAGACGUCAUCACUCAAGUGCGCAGCUCCAUGAGGACUCAACGAGAGAGGGCCGCGAUUGACGACUUCUUAAAGCUGCUGGACCAGCUCAUCAAUCUCUGUCACAAAGAACCUCCAACAAAGAACCGUGCUCCUGUGAGACAGAUGUCUUCUAAACAACACUUUUCCGAGUUGUUGAGGCUGCUUCCCGUGGAUGUGAUAGUCCCAGUUCGGAGUGCAUUCGUUGUGAAUAUGCCGCACAGUGCGAUCACUACAAAGGGCUUCAAACCAUUGGGCGAGGUGGUCACAAUUGCCCAGCUCAAAGAUGACAUCACCGUGAUGGCUUCACUGCAGGCACCUAAGAAAAUCAUCUUCAUUGGCAGUGACGGCCACGAAUACCCCUUUUUGGCAAAGCCCAAAGAUGAUUUAAGGAAAGACUAUCGCCUGAUGGAGUUUUGCGGGGUCAUGAACACAUGUUUGUCGAAGCAACCUGACUCCAGCCGCAGGAGACUGAGAUUGAGGACGUUUGCUGUGUUACCUUUGACUGAAGACUGUGGCAUACUAGAGUGGAUCAACAAUUUGAAGAGUUUGAGGUCCAUCACGGAGGGGCUGUACACUGCAGAGGGAUUGUUCAAUGGUGGCCGGGACGGUACAAGGAAAUGGAUUGACAAGACAUACAAGAGCUUGAUAGACAGACCCAGCAAAGCCGAAUGGCUGGAGGUUCUCCUGGAGAGGUUUCCUCCUCGUAUGAAUAAAUGGUUUGCGCUGGAGUUUCCCUCCCCUGCAGCAUGGUUCAAUGCUCGACUGAAUUUCACCCGCUCAACGGCUGUUUGGUCGAUGGUGGGCCACAGUAUUGGGCUCGGGGAUAGACAUGGCGAGAAUAUUACUGUCGAUGGGACAACAGGGGAUUGCAUUCAUGUGGAUUUCGGAAUGCUCUUUGACAAGGGGCUUGUCCUCACAGUGCCCGAGAUUGUGCCCUUCCGGUUGACACAAAACAUGAUCGAUGGCUUUGGCGUGUCGGGCGUGGAGGGAGUUUACAGAAAAUGUGCAGAGAUAUCCUUGCAGGUGAAUUGGUGGCCAAGCAUACAGGCUAGAUUGCCUGUGCUGAAAUUGUUUAUAGAAGGCACUGUCUGUAUCCCGUUCGCUGGAUAUGAGCGCAUUGCUUCGGCGGUAGAUUGA